AUGAAAAGACAAAGAAAUUCAUAUUCAAUAGAAGAAAAGCACCAGAUCGUGGAGUUGGCUCGUCAUACUUCAAAUACAUAUAUUGCCAACCAUUAUUCUUUAGAUUUAAUGAUGCUUGUCCGGGUUGGUUCUGGGUGUCACGCGUUUUUUUCUGAAAAAGAAGCUCAACUUUAUGAAUGGGUGAAGGAAGUUCGACAAAACGGUCUUGCUGUUACAUAUUCUAAUCUGAGGAUAAAAAUGGCUGAAAUAAUGAGUAAAAGUUCUAAACAAACAAAAGAUGAAACCAAAAACUGGCAUGGUUGUUUGGUUCCAGGACAAAAGGUGGAUAGACAAACCAGGAAUGGAAAAGUGGAUAAAGCUGAGUUUCGUUCAGGAAAUACUGAUUUGGCUGUAAUUCCUGGGGUCUCACUAAAUGACAUUUCUGAUGAUAUUAUUGUCCAAGUAUUUAAAAAAUGUGGUAUCUCCAAUUGCUUGUCAGGAAGUGAGGAUCAUUUAAUCUACGAUGAUUGUAAGGAUGAUAAAGAUGAUGAAUCUGAUGAAGAUGCUGCAGGAUCUGAUGAAAAUAAAGAAUAUGAUGAACAGCCUGAUGAAGGUGAGGAGCCUGAUGAAGGUGAGGAGCCUGAUGAAGGUGAGGAGUCUGAUGAAGAUGAGAAUAU